AGGUCAUUCAUCCUACCAUCAACCUACACCCACCUGCUGUGAUCAGUUCACCUGGCGACGCUGGCUGCUGAUUAUAACGCUAAGUUGCAGUCGCAGAGCUCAAAGCAGACACUGGCGAGCUUCAUCUCCUUCGCCAUCGAUGAUGCCUGAGGGGCGUCCUUUCAUGUAUCCCCAUCAGUUUCUCUAGUGCUCACGAACUUCGCAUUUCCGGCACCGGAAGUACUGAAAGGUCCUGCAGUUGCUGAGGUUGAUUUGGAUUUGGAGCCAUUCAACGGAUCGGUGCAGGACUGAUCAGUGCCCACUGGGAGAGGCUCUCGAGAUGGCUAAGGAGAACUCGGCAUGGCUGCAGCUAGUCCUAGGAUUUCUCCUACUUGCGUCGGUGGCUCUGCGAGAAUGCGCGGCCCUCCGGCCUUUGACCUCAUUCUCGGCGUCUCAGGUGCCGGAAGAGCAUCAGACCCCCGUCGGAGUUGCAGAAAGCAAGGACGAAGAGCCUGCUGAACUCGGCUCCAACAGUACCCGCCGCUCUCUGGGAGGCUGUGGAACAGGCAACCCUGUGGACGACUGCUGGAGGUGUAGCAGCAAUUGGGAAAGCAAUCGUCAGGGCCUGGCAAACUGCGCCAUUGGAUUCGGCAGGAAUGCUGUUGGUGGCAGAAACGGGAAGAUCUACGUCGUCACCGAUAGCUCUGACGACGAUGUAGUAAACCCGGAGCCGGGUACUCUGCGCUGGGGUGUGAUCCAGGAGGAGCCGCUCUGGAUCGUUUUCAGUCGCAAUAUGAACAUCAAGCUCAAGAAGGAGCUUAUUAUGAACAGUUACAAGACCAUCGACGGGCGUGGUCAGAAUGUUCACAUCGCCGGCGGCGCUUGCAUCACCAUGCAGUUCGUGAACAACAUAAUCAUCCACGGCGUUCACAUUCACGACUGUAAGUCUGUGGGAUCCGGAGACGUUCGUAGUUCCCCGACCCACGCUGGAAGCAGGGGAAAGACCGAUGGAGACGGAAUCAACAUCUUCGGCUCUCGCGACAUCUGGGUGGAUCAUUGCUACUUCUCGAACUGUGCUGAUGGCCUGGUGGAUGUCAUUGAGGGCUCAACGGCUAUUACCAUCACCAACAGCUACUUUGAGAAUCACGACAAGGUGAUGUUGCUUGGCGCUCACGACAGCGACAAGCAGGACAGGAAUAUGCAAGUCACCGUGGCUUUCAACCAUUUCGGCAAAAAUCUAGUUGAGCGGAUGCCAAGAUGUCGAAACGGGGUCUUUCACGUUGUGAACAACAACUACGAAGGGUGGGGAAUGUACGCCAUCGGAGGGAGUGCGUUUCCAACAAUCAAUAGCGAGGGCAAUCGCUUCUUCGCUCCCGAUGGCAGCAACAUGAAGGAAGUGACAAAGCGGCUUGACGACGGAGGGGACAACUGGCGAUCAGCUGGUGACAUUUUCCUGAACGGUGCUUUCUUUACCGCAUCAGGAGUCUCUGGUCAAUCCCACUUCUACGCCAAGGCUACCAGCCUUUCUGCUCGCCCUGCCGCUAUGGUGCCCUCGAUGACUAACGAUGCAGGCCCUCUCGCUUUGUGAACAAAGCGGGAGACUUGUAAGAGCUGAAUCGUUUCCAUACCACUGUUCAACAUGAUCGGGACUUUUCAUGCUGCGCCAAUAAGUAAUUUAACUUGGUAAUGGUAAUGGUAAUCGUCGUUUAACAUAGUUUGAAUUCCGAAAUAGAUAAGUAGAUUGUAAGUUUGUUGUAUUCGCAGUGUCCAGUGCUGGCCAGUCAUGGUCGGCCUAGCUUAGAAUACAAUGUGACACAAAGUAUGCUGUCCUGCGAAGCAAUAACGUAGAGAUAGACCUUAGAGCAUCCUAUGCAUAGGUAGCUGCCUCCACCCGGUAGCUUUCGACCAUUCUCAUGCCACAAGUCGUAGGUUUUAGGUGACGAUUGUGCACCUUGGCAGUAGCAAUGUAGGUAGAAGAAGGGGAGAACGAAUGUUUAAUAUUUGUAGUUUACCAUUUGCUGUGUCGCUGUUGCAUUUCUAUCAUAAUUUCGAACACAAUUCAAGAAAUUUAGAUCGGUUCAACUGCCCUGUUUAAGCGGCUUCUGCAUUCCAUUACCGACACUGACCUUGUGACAGAAAAUUAAUUGUGCAAUACAACUGGUCUGAUUUCGUGUC